UAUUACAACAACAACCAAGCAUUAUCAUGCUUCUAUAUGAGAGUUAUUUCAAAACCCUAAACAGACAAUAUAUCAAAAUUAAACUCUUACACUCGGUUUUGCGGCGACCGGUUUUCAAGGCUCUAGCCAAUUUAUUCAAUUGCCAAGUUCUAAGGUUCAACGGGCCAUCAUUUCCAUCCUUGCUGAUUUUUUCAGCCUCGUUAACAGCCGGUGUUUCGACAGUAUCUGAGUUCAACAAUUCACCAUCAAAAUCAUCUAACGCACCUUCCAACUCACGUUCUAAUAAAGCCAUAUCCUCUUUCGAUAUUUCAUCGCCAAUAUCGUCCAUGGAUAAAUCAUCGUUUUUGAGAUCUUCUUCAAGUUGCUUGAAGAGCAUUUCAAACGCAUCCCCCUCUUCAUUCCCUUCUGUAACAUGAGAAAGAUUUGCCUCAAACUCAUAUGGCCAAGUUAAUUAAACCUACGAUGAAGUUCAAACAACAACUUCGCGAAGCCAUAGAUUUUCUCUUCACACGCGGUCCCGCUUCUUCCGCUGACUACACUCGUCUUAUACUUCAUUGUGCUCAAUCCAAUGACUUCAACCAAGCCAAGAGAUUACAGUCUCACAUGGAACUUCAGCUUUUUCAACCCACAGAUUCCUUCAUCCACAACCAACUUCUUCAUAUAUAUGCAAAAUGUGGAAAACUAUCAAAUGCUCACCAACUGUUUGAUAAAAUGCCUAACAGGGAUAUUUAUUCUUGGAAUGCAUUACUUUCUGCUUAUGCCAAGGUGGGUUCAGUUGACGAUUUGAAUUCAGUCUUUGAUCAAAUGCCAUAUAGGGAUUCUGUUUCAUAUAACACAUUGAUUGCUUGUUUUGCAAGUAAUCGGCUUUCGAGUAAAGCAUUGAGUUUUUUUGUGAGAAUGCAAGAAGAUGGGUUUCAGCCUACGCAGUACUCUUAUGUGAAUGUGUUGCAAGCUUGUUCUCAGCUCUUGGAUUUCAGGCUUGGGAAACAGGUUCAUGGGAGAGUUGUUGCUGGUGAGUUUGAGAAAAAUACUUUUGUUUGGAAUGCAGUGACUGAUUUGUAUGCCAAGUGUGGCGAUAUUGAGAGGGCACGCUGGCUGUUUGAUGGAAUGAUUAAAAAAAAUGUUGUUUCGUGGAAUCUGAUGAUCUCUGGGUAUGUGAAAAUGGGGAACCCUGAUGAGUGCAUUCAUUUGUUCGACAAGAUGCGAUUAUCUGGGUUGAAACCUGACCAAGUUACGGUUUCUAAUGUUCUCAAUGCCUACUUUCAAUCUGGACGUGUAGAGGAUGCGGGGAAUAUGUUUAGUAAAAUAGCCGAAAAGGAUGAGAUUUGUUGGACUACUAUGAUAGUUGGUUAUGCACAAAGUGGAAGAGAGGACAGUUCUUUGAUGUUAUUUAGUGACAUGCUUCGUGGAAAUGUUAGACCUGACAGUCACACCUUUUCUAGUGUUGUAAGCUCUUGUGCCAAGUUAGCAUCUUUGUGUCACGGUCAGGUUAUCCAUGGAAAAGUUAUUCUUAUAGGUGUUGAUAGUAACAUGCUUGUAUCGAGUGCACUUGUUGAUAUGUAUUGCAAGUGUGGAGUCCCUUUGGAUGCUCGGCUAAUUUUUGAAACUAUGCCUAUUAGGAAUGUGAUCACUUGGAAUUCCUUGAUUUUGGGUUAUGCACAAAAUGGACAGGCUCAGGAGGCCUUGGCUCUGUAUGAAAGAAUGUUGCAAGAAAAUUUCAAACCUGACAAUAUUAGUUUUGUGGGUGUCUUGUCUGCGUGUAUCAAUGCUGAUAUGGUUAAAGAAGGACAUAAGUAUUUCAACUCAAUCAGUGAACACGGAAUGACACCCACGUUGGAUCACUAUGCAUGUAUGAUUACUCUCCUUGGUCGGUCGGGUAAUAUUGACAAAGCGGUGGAUUUAAUUAAAGCUAUGCCUCACAAACCAGAUUACCAGAUUUGGUCUGCUUUACUAUCUGUUUGUUCCAAGGAAGACAUAAAGACUGCAGAGUUUGCGGCUAAUUAUCUCUUUCAAUUGGAUCCACAUAAUGCUGGACCUUAUAUUAUGCUUUCCAACUUGUAUGCCGCAUGUGGGAAAUGGAAAGAUGUAGCUGUUGUAAGGUCUCUUAUGAAAAACAACAAUGCAAAGAAGUUUGCUGCAUACAGUUGGGUCGAGGAUGGGAAUGAAGUCCACCGAUUUGUUUCUGAUGAUCACAAUCAUCCAAAAAUGGAAAGAAUCUAUACUGAAUUGAACAGAUUGAUCGUAAAAUUGCAACAAAUUGGAUAUAAUCCAGAUACGGGCAUUGUUCUACAUAACGUGGGAGAGGAAGAAAAAUUGAAAUCCAUCUCGCACCACAGUGAGAAACUUGCUCUUGCAUUUUCUUUAACUAAAAAACCUAAUGGAGUUUCACCGAUACGGAUCAUGAAGAAUAUACGUAUCUGUGAUGACUGUCAUGUAUUUUUGAAGCUUGCUUCAAUCGCUGUAGCUCGGCCAAUCAUUAUAAGAGAUUCAAGCAGGUUUCAUCAUUUCUUUGGUGGAAAGUGUUCUUGCAAGGACCAUUGGUGAAGUCUCAAUCAAAUUGUGUUAUCUUCUGCACUUUGAAUGUUUUCGAAAGAAGGGUUCACAAUAUAUAUAGACUUUGAAAAGCAAUUAUUGUAUGGUGAAUGAGUUAUUGAAUGGGGUGUAGUGGGAACCAUGGCUCAUUAAUGAUCACAUGCCAUUGUCUUGAAGGCUUUCAUUGAGAACUGUAUGAAAUGUGAGAUUACAUGCCCCACCUUUUGGAAAAUUAGCCUAUGAAAGAGACUUGUGAUGGUUUGCUUCAUAUGUUUUAGACAAGUUCUAAACAUCUCAAAUAUUUUGUUCUGGUUUCUAUAAGACAAGUGAUAUCUACCGGUUCUUGAAAUCCAAUCAAUAAACCAUACAAUCUUCUUGGAAGCUGCAGCAACUUUGUAUGGACAGACUACCGCCACAUUGUUGAUCUAACCGUAAAAUAUUGUUGUUCAUUAGAUGAGGGAUCACCACAUGGUAUUGUCUUCUGGACGCUCAAGGCCCCGCCUUCUGAAUGAAAUGCCAGCAGAUAGACAACCCAAUCCAAAGUCAAAUGAGAUGGCUAGCUAGUUGACGCGAAUUCAAAGUAAAGGGUUUCCGUUGCUGUUAGCUGCAUGCUAUAGGAUAACAACUAUGACCUCAAUCCAUAUGAAGAGCGGGUAGUUCAUGUGAUUAUGCUCACCACCGCCUUCUUCAAUUAUUGUCACAUAUUCAUAGACCAUUGAAGCCUGAAGUUAUAUGCAAAAAAAAAUCAUCUUCUGUGCAAGGAAUUGUCAAGCCACCCAUUGGAUGAUCAUAUCCAAAUUCUUCCUCUGAUUGACUUAACAAGUCUUGAAAUGAUGUUUGGUUCAAGUAUGACACGGGAUCACAAACCGCUUCGUUUCUUCUCCUACGUACACUGCAAGACGCCCCUUCGGCACAUUCACUACUUUUGAUGAUGUUUGGAUGCUACUUAAUGAAGUGCGUCUAAUAGCUGCAGUUGAGGCGAAUUCAAAGUAAAGGGUUGCCGUUGCCAUUUGCUGCCCGUUAUAGCAUAACAACUAUGACCUUAAUUCAUAUGAAGAGUGCGGGUAGUUCAUGUGAUUAUGCUCACCACGGCCUUCUUCAAUUAUUGGGAGCUUGUGAUAAUCUUUUGAUUAACAAAAUACAUAAUCUACACUUUUAUGAGUAGUGGAGGGCUGCUGGAAACUUAGAGUAAAUGGUUGGCACUCAUUGUGUGCUUUCCGACAACAACUUCGACGACAAGUCCAUGUCAAGUGCUCGAGAAGUCUUUGAGAUUAUGGUCUCCACCACCUUCUUCAAGCAUCACUAGAAAAAUGCAACAUAUUAUGUGAUCAGUUUUUGUUAUGUUUUUGAAUGUUAUUUCUUCUGACUUGCUUCCAAAAUUCUGUCAUGUCACAAUCAAGUUGAAAAUCUUUGUAGGUUUAAAAAAGGUUUUUCCUUUAAAGAGUUCUUGUUUUGAGUUUUGUUGUAUCAUGUAUGGCGUGGUAAUAUAUACCACUUUUGAAUUACCAUAAAAUCGGUACAUGGCUUGUGUUUGUGCUUGUAAUGAAAGUAUUUAAGAUGACACAAUAAACAACAUAUGAAUUGAAUUCACAAGAAUAUAGUAUGAUGAUAUUCUCAUUUAAGAGGAAACAUAACAAAAUUCUUCAUGUACAAAAAUUGUCUUAACUAGUCAAUCCUAGACUGUUCUAUGUUAUCA